UCUUGCCGAGAGAGGCGGAAAAGACAGAUUUUUCGGUUGUUGCCAUACAUUUUGGAAGGAUUCACCUCUUUUCUCUGACACUGACACGGCUGGGGAGAGAUGUUGAUAGUAGGUUACGCGCCCAGAUGAUAAAGCGAUCUCUGCCGGUGCGAAAGAGUCAUUUUUGUAUACGAAAUGUAAAUGACAAGACUAAGAACAACAACAACGUACGCGGGGAUCCUACUGAAAGUGAAAACGAUGGCCUGGAUGCCAGCCCCAUCUCCAUGGUUAUAGAGGAGCAGACAGGGCUGGCAAAGACCUUAACCUUCCAGAACUUUGGCUAAUGGCAGUGUAGCGUUGUUGCAGGUAUAUAUCUGCACUGCAUAUGUAGGUAGCUAUCUGUAAGCUGUAUCAUGGAUGCAGAGGUUCAUGGGCGCCUGGGCAGGGCCCUGCUCAGCAUCACUGAUAACCUGCCCAUGUCACACGAGCUGUCAUUACAAGGCUCCGCCCUCAUUGUCACUGGGGUGGCCAUGGUUAUUGUCAUCAUCGCUGUCGUGGCUAUGUGCGUCUGUAACCAGAACAGUAGUCCACAGCUAACAACCAUCAGCCCCAGGAAACCAACUAUAGACGGCCUAGCUAACCAUGCGGCUCCCGCUCAGCCUGUUGGUAACCACAUUUCUGUCAGUAUCCCUGGGGAUUGGCCCACAGAGACUGGGGUGCGCACUUCUCUCACCUCUCCAUCCCCUGAGGCCCAGGGAGAGGUGAACAAGAGAGAGAAUGGUCCAAAUGGAGCAAGAUGUUCUUCCACAUUGAGUCGUCAGCUACCAGACCCUCCUGUAUCCAAGGAAAUGGGCGCUGGGGCAUCUGCUGGUGACGUGCAGGGCACGGGGUCCAACGACCAGCGGAAUAGUAACACCAGCCACAGUAGCCAUGGUGACGCUCCUGUUGAUGACUACGAUCGACUGCAUCAGCCGAAGGCGGUAUUUGUUGACGACCCUGGCUAUGACCAUGUGGAAAGUCAGCGGGUUCUGGCGAGUCAGCGUGCCACUAGCUUACGCAACAGGGAGAACAUUUACGCCACUCCCACCGGCGAGUCCUCCGACAGUGGCAGUGGGACAGUUGUCGCAGCAACUGUCACCUCGUUGCCGGUCAGGGAAAAUAUUUAUGCUGUUCCAAAUGGCGAACCUUCAGACAGUGGGAGCGGUAUGAUCGUUGGCAUUCGUGAGAACGAUUACACGAUGCCAUCUGGUGAGGAGGAUGUGAACUACUCCACGAUCCCCAGCAAAGCAUCCCGAGCCCCCAGCGAAGUGUACGCCUCCGUUGACUCGGAGUACGAUCCUUAUGCCAGAAUAGACUCUGGCAACAAAGUAGUCCCGCGGCUUGUUGUCGCUGCUAACGAAAGCCGCCUGGAGGGGGAUUUUUCAGCAGCGGCCUCGGCCAACGCAUCUCCACCAGCGGUCGCUCCGUCCUCCACAGAAAAUGCCGAGCGAAGCUCCACCGUGUUCGAGGACGGUCAGAUGUAUGCAGUAGUGAGCCGCCCCCGCACCUCCCCUCAGCCGGUGAGCACGCCCACAGCCCCUGCUCUGCCUGACCGUGGCUACGAACCUGAGGAAGUGGGCAGUCUGCCGGGUUCAGGUAGUAACCAUCAGAUCUCUGCCCAGAUGUCCGACCCCCAAUCCCCGGGCGACAGUAACGUACAGGAAACAACAGUCAACAAGAAGCGACGUCAGCCAUCAUACACGGAAGUGACAGCGCGGGAAAGUUUAGCCAGCAUGCAACAACGACAACAGAACCAGGUGUCGUUAGCAUCAGGCGGAGGGGCUGCUGCUGCCGCUCCAGGCUUUGAGACAUUCAAAGAUCUCCCGGAGAAUUAUUAUGCAAGGGUUGACGGAAGUUCUGGGGAUGGUGCUUUCUCAGCGCAGGGAGCAGUAGCUUUGGAUGUAGAGGGUGGCACCAACAGGAACAGCGAGAUGUAUUCAGAGAUCAACACCUCAGGAGGGAGUUACCAGAUGAUUCCUGCCCCGCCCCCUGUGGACAGCCUUCCCCAGUUGCGUCUGCGAGACAACCAGGGUGAAGCCAAGCGAAGGAUUGAGGAGUCAGUGGGGCCAGACCAUAACGAGGAAGGGUAUGCCCUUGUGUUGCAAUCUACAAAACGGGCUCGUGGCAAAGACGAAAAACAGCUGUUAUCUUUGACAGCAUCGUGGUCUGUGGGAGAGAACCUUGGCGUGGGUGAGGCGCGACGGCUGACCACGUCGCAGAGCCGUGUGAUGGAGCACCGCCGCUCGGCACCUCUCGCAACUGUAGAGAGUGAUCAUGAUCUCUCCAUCGAUCCUGGCUACCAAAUGGUCAAGGACGUGCCCGAGAUUGAAAACGAGUCGGACUUUGAUCCUAACUACGAAACUGUGGAGGAAACAAAGAAAAAAGCUCUAAACACUGAAGCCAAAACUGUUCCUCCCCAGGAACUGGGUAAUGGUGCGGCCGUGGGGCAGGUGCGCCCAAUACGGCUUCAUGAUUAUGAAGAGGUGACUGAUGUCAGAAAUAGGAACAGCCAGGAGAGCGCUUACGACGUGAAGAAGCGUGUGUUACAAAACCAUUGUUACGAGGACAUUACUGAUGUGAAGGAAGAACAAAAGAGGCAGAAGAAGAGGGAGCUGUGAAACUAUGAUUGACCGAGACAGAAAAAGGCAGAGCUGUGAAACACUGUGAUUGGCUGUUAACGAAACAGGCCGAGCUAUGAAAGGUUAUGAUUGACUGGGGAUGUCUGCCUGAUGCUGCACAUACAGGGUUCCCAAUAUGUAACACAUAGGUGAAUUGUCACCUGAUAAAUCUUCUUCAGUUAAAAGUGCGACAUUUACUUUAGUACAUAUACGUUGUUAUAUUCAGCCAAGUUACACAGUGAGAAAGUUGGAAUCAUAAAACGAAGAACAGAACUCAGUCAUUGAUGAGACCACUUUGCAUUUCCUUUUUGGGCGAGUAAAAAAUAUGCCGAUGCUCAGACUACGCAGUACACACCCUGUAUAAGUACGUGUAGAUACUGUAAACGGAGUUCUGUGCCAGACUGUCGUUUACUGGAUAUGAUACAGAAAGCAAAUGUGGUCUAGCAUAGUGUUAGUGUUAUGGUGUUAGUGUGUAUUUAUACGUGUUUGCUCUGUGGCAGCCGCAGUAGACUGUGCCAUACUUACCUGUACUUACCUGUGUGUUCACAGCAGCUAAUGAACAUUGCCUCCUGUCAACCUGUAGAUUUGUGUGAGACACGGUUGUUACAUGAUUCUGUUUAAUGCGAGGUUGUCAGUACAAGUAAACCGCCUGGGGAGUUUUUAUCAUGUAUGUAUAUAUUGCUAUUGAACAUGAACAUUUUUAACAUGCCAUUGAAUCGGUAAACUUCAGUCGUUAUACAGAGUAGACAUUUUAUGACAAGUCCUGUGGUUUGAUGUUUUCAUCUGAAGCAACAUAUUGCUCCCCUUGUCUCUGAAGCUAGUUUCAUUUACAUAUACAUUGAUGGGUCGUAUUAGAAAACAAGAAUUGUGACCACCCAGAUUUACAAAAUGCCUGCAUAAGGAAACUCAUGGGCACACUGGUUUCAUGUACGUGAUUUGACUCAAUCCUAUUCUAUGAGAAGAAAAUGUGUUUUGAUAAUGUGAUAGAGGAUACAACAUUCCAUUGACAAUCCUGCUUGUCACAAAGAACACCUGUAGGAGCGUGACAGUGAAGCAUGUUUGUUACAAUGAAGUUUACCUGCCUGCAUAUGGGGAAAUGCCCUUUAUCAUUCUUACAGGGUAUGGUUUCAUACACUGUACAUUAUACUGUAUUUCACUAUACAAAUCAUCCCACAGAGUGCAUUUUGUAGAAACAAAGUAAGUUCCUGAAACAUAAUUACUUUUCAUCCUGCCUUCGAGCAAACCUCAAAACACCCAUUAGUAGAGCUCUUGAAAACAGUUAAGAUGAGUAACUUAGUCAUGAACAGAAAUACAGCAGCAGGUAUGCCAGAAGCUUUGAUAUCAACAUUAACAUACAUGUGUAGACCGUUCAAAUGAAAAGUACAGCUGACAAUAAUGUUUAUACAUGUAGAUAUUAAACUCUAACAUGUUUCCUCUUAUAUUCAAAUAACAAAGAGGCAUAAAUGGUUUUGGUUGACAUUUGGAGUUUUAAUGAAAUCCUGUCCAGAUUUCUUGGACGUGAACACAGUAGGACGGAUGGGCCUUGUCAUAAAGUGUAUAUCUGUAUACGCACAUAAAGUUUACUAGUUACUGUUAAUCAUUGCCCUUGCUGAAUGCUCACUGGCCGUGGACCCAAGCUAUAAACCAGUCUCUAAGUGCUCAAUCUGUUGUAUAUGUACUGAUGUUUAGUAUCUGUCUGUUCAGUGCUUCACGUACAUGUGUUGAAGUUUCUGUAAAUGAAUCUGUGAUUAUAUUUAGAGAGGAGCUGAACCAAUGCAUAUUGACUGACAAGGGAGAUAACCUUGGAAGACCCGUGGUUAAAUCUGUUUCACAGAACACACUUCUGAGUAUACUUAUUUAUCACACAGUGUCAGUAAUUCAGCAGUGGCUCACUUUUGCUGUUUGGCUGAAAAGGGAGACAACUGUGGAAAACCACAGUCAGAUCUGUUGCACUGAGCACACUUCUGUGCAUACUGAUUUAUCACACAGUGUCAGUAAUUCAGCAGUAGCUACAUGUAGCUUCGUGGACAUGUGUAGCGGUCAGUUAGCGUGUAUUCUGAAUUUGCUUUGAAAUCAGAUUUACUGUAUGUUACAUAUAGCCUCCGUUCUUGUUUUGUUUCAUUUUUUUUGGUUGGUCAACUUCAAAGUAAAUGUAGCACACAUGUAUCAUGUGUAUGACAUGUAUCUAUAAUGUUGUACAGACUGUUUAGAUAUGUAAGAGUAGAUAUUGUUGUUUGAUAUAUUCCAAGCUAAUUCACAUACACUGGAUACUCCCAUGUAUGGCCUGCUUUCACAAAGAGGGGUAGAAUAUUUUUGUAUUGGAGCAGAUUCUUAAACGCAGCAAUUUGUAUACAAAUUUUUUAAUAGACGUGGAUUCACUGCAGGACUGUUUAUGUAGGAUGUGCCACCAAUCAGCAUUCUGACAAUUAAGGAUUUUAGCUAUAAUAAUGAAUAAGAGAAAGACUAGUUCACCAUCUACCUGUGUUUACAUUUCCUACACCUAUAAACAUGAUGCUUUAUUUUGUAGAAGUGAAAAAUUUUCAGAGAAUGUACACCAGUCAGAUGUUGUUAGCCGAUAAUCCUGUACGUAGUUACCCAAAUAAUGUCAGCACAUCUGUUAUUGCAUUGUUUAACAUUUGAAAGGAAAAAGGCUUGAUCUUUCCAAAUGUUUUUGCAUUGCCACAGUGCACAAUUAAUUUUUGCCAACAGCCCCUGUAUUUUAAUACCACAGUCUAUAAUUAAUUUUUGCCAACUGCCCCUGUAUCUUAAUACCACAGUCUAUAAUAGUUUUUGCCAACUGCCCCUGUAUUUUAAUACCACAGUCUAUAAUUAGUUUUUGCCAACUGCCCCUGUAUUUUAAUACCACAGUCUAUAAUUAGUUUUUGCCAACUGCCCCUGUAUUUUAAUACUGCAGUCUAUAAUUAAUUUUUGCCAACUGCCCCUGUAUUUUAAUACUGCAGUCUAUAAUUAAUUUUUGCCAACUGCCCCUGUAUUUUAAUACCACAGUCUAUAAUUAAUUUUGACCUCCCCAUACUCUCUUUAUCUAAAUCUGCUAGCCCCGAAUGCUCCGCAUCUGAUAAUGAUAGUCCUCCAAUAGUUCACUG